AUGCACCUCUCACUCACCCUCUCGCUGCUGCUGCCCCUCGCCGCAGCAGCCAGCAAACCCAAAAACGCAAUCCUCCUCUCGGACGUGCAAUCCCUCACCCUCCGCGGCAACGGCGCCCUCACAACCCACCGCCGCGCGCCCGCCGCCCCGCAGCUCAAAUGCCUCUCCGCAAAGCCCCUCUGCGACCUCUUCGCCAUCGACGUCAUGCGCUGCACAAACCAGGGCGCCGGCUACUCCCCGGAGGACAUCCAGUGGUCCUGUGUCGCCCAGCUGCCCGAGGAGCUCAAGCUCGGCUCCACGGACGUCAUCUGCGAGGGCUACAGCUCCAAAGACGACCCGUACGUCCUCAAGGGCAGCUGCGGCGUCGAGUACCGCCUUGCCCUCACCGACAAGGGCGAGCGCAGGUAUCCCGACCUGGGCCGCGGCGGCGGUGGUAGGGACGGGGAGUUCGACAUGAGCGCGGUCUUGUUUGGCAUUCUCUUCUUCGCUGUCCUGGGCUGGAUCGUGUACUCGGCGUGUGUGGCGGGUGAGCAGAACCGGAGGGCCGGUGGCCGGCGCCGCGGAGGUGGUGGAGGAGGUGGAGGCGGAGGAGGCGGUGGUUGGAAUCCCGGAUUCGGUCCGGAUAACAACGAUCCUCCACCGCCGUACCCAGGGACGAAGCCCUCCGGCAGCAAUUCGCAGCAAGGAUGGCGGCCUGGUUUCUGGACCGGAGCAGCAACGGGCGGCGCUGCUGGUUACGGAGCCGGGUACUACCAGGGACGGAACGCCGCCAGAAACGAGCAGCGCGGCUGGGGCUACGACGAGAACCAGUGGGGAGCUGGUCCGUCCAGAUCCUCUACCAGGUCGUCCUCGUCUUCGACCUCUUCUGCGCGACACGAGAGCACCGGCUUUGGCUCAACCAACAGAAGGUAG